AGGCCCGAUGAAACUCGAGAGAGAAUGGAACAAAGCAAAAAAUUGCUGAUCCUCCCACGGAUCACAAAGGCAAUAGGGACUUUUGGUGGGGCAAUAUUCUUUACAUAUCCCUUGUUACACAGUUAUGUGUUUAAAUAGGAGGUCUAUCUGUCCAUGCACUGAGGAUCUAAAUUUAUUUUUGAGAAUAGAAAAUAAACUCCCCGUCGGGGAAUCGAACCCCGGUCUUCCGCGUGACAGGCGGAGAUACUGUCCACUAUACUAACGAGGAGGCAGUGUUCCGAUACCCAGGAUAUACGAUUAUAUGGCACGACUCUAUCCGUUACGUUCAUCGUCAUGUUGUUUAUCUUUUCAUAAUAAGAAUCGACAUUCGAGCCAAAGCUAAGGUCCGUGUGAAAACGCACACAUGUGUCAGAACUGAAAUGGUUCUGUUGUGAAGAAUGGGCUCAAAAUCCUCCAAACUACUGACCAACUGUUACCACUUGUUAUUUGAUGUAUAUUAAUUUAAACAUUAAUUCAACAUCUUAAGAAACAGAAUCAAAUAGUUCCAGUAACAGAGAACAGCUCUGGGUCGUUUGGCUCCGCCCAUCGCUUUAACUGAGACCAUGUUCUCCAUCACGUCCGCAGUUUGUAUUUAUAUAGAGAGUCUCUGUCCGACAGACUCAUAUUCAUCUGAGAAUCUGUCAGAUAAAUAAAUCAGCAACAUGAGCGGAAGAGGCAAAGGCGGAAAGGGACUCGGAAAAGGAGGCGCUAAGCGUCACCGUAAAGUUCUCCGUGAUAACAUCCAGGGAAUCACCAAACCCGCCAUCCGCCGCCUGGCUCGCCGUGGCGGAGUCAAGCGAAUCUCCGGCCUGAUCUACGAGGAGACCCGCGGGGUCCUCAAGGUCUUCCUGGAGAACGUCAUCCGCGACGCCGUCACCUACACCGAGCACGCUAAGAGGAAGACGGUCACCGCCAUGGACGUGGUGUACGCCCUCAAGAGGCAGGGCCGCACCCUGUACGGCUUCGGAGGUUAAACCCUACGUCCCCGACACACAACACAACGGCUCUUUUAAGGGCCACCCACUCAGACCAGAAGACCUCUCAUUUCUGUUACAAUGUUUAGUUCACGUCCCGCUUUUAGCCUGAUCGGGCAAAUGAAUAUGUCUUUUGCCUUGAUGGCUAAGCUUGUCUCACUUAACUUUAUACUCCUAAACUCUCGCUUAGAGAUGGUGAAUAAAGGAUUCUGAUGCUUCUUUAUGACUGACCCGAAAAGAGUCAAAGAGAACCCCUACCAGUGACAUCUAGUGGCCAUGUGCGGUUAUAGCACGUGAUUUCGUGUUUCUUUAAAUGAAUGGUGAGGUGCCAACGUUUCGAAGCUGACGCCCACUUCCGGUGUUUCAUUGCGACGUUGUUCAUGUGAUAUCAGAGAUUUGAUAGAAGCCUCGACACAGUGAAAUGAUAUGAGUGAAACAAGCUCUGGAGCCUCAGCGUCAAACACUGCAUUUAAAUUCACACAAGCAAAAACAGAACGGUAUAAAUGUCCUUGUGCAGAUUUGUCGCUGUUGAUCAUCUUCUGUUCUAUAACCGUUUAUGCUCAUCUUCCAUAUGUGGCAGUUGAUUAUGCACAUCACUAGACAGAACAGACGUCUCUUUGAAUCAAUAAAGUUUUCUUU